UGUAGUACCUCCCAAAGCAAAAGGAUCUUUUUCCGCCAAACCAAACCGAGUGAGUGAGGAUUCGACUGAGUCAAAAAUGUCGAACUCGUUCUCCGACCUCCACGACCUUCUCAUUCAGUUAUCGGAGCCUAUAACGGAGUUUCUCUCCAAAACCCACUACACGCCACCAGAGGGCUCCAACAUCUCCGUCAAAGCCCUAAUCGAACCCCUUUUCCCACACAAAACCUCACCACCAAACCCUAGCAUUUCCGAAGCCCAAAUCCGCGCUUCAAUCAGAGACUUCACCCUAGCUUGCGCCUUGAUAUCCUCCUCCCAGUCCUCAACCCACGAGCUCCUCUUAUGGAUCCCCCAACACCUCUCCAUCUCAGCAGACUCGGCCUUUCGCGAGCUCUCAAAAGCUUAUUGCGGCGUUUUCACCGAGGAAAAUGCGAAGAGGAUUGGAGAGUUGGGUGUGGAUUGUGUUUCGGUGCCUGAGGAGAAGAGGCUAGUGGUGGAGUUGAUGCCUGAGGUGCUGCUAUUGUUGAAGGAAAGGAUUAAGGAGAGUUCGAUCGAUAAGUCGGACGAAGUCCACGAGGUCUCGGCGGCGUCGGCUAAUGUUCCGGUAGGGUUCGCCGUUGUGGCAGCUUAUCAGUUCAGAUGGUUUGUCACUCAGGUUGGUUAUCCUUAUUUGGGAAAGUUGUGCGCUAUGGUGAUUCCUUCUGCAUUGACUGCGCUAGAUCAUUGGUCGCCGGAGGUGAAAGGGCAGGGCAUGGUUAGCCUUACACAUCUUGCAAAAAAUGUUGAUGCUGCUGAGCUUGGUUGUUAUGGGGAUGUGCUUCUUGAUGCAUGCUGCCAGAAUAUUGCUUCUAGUGAUGAGAUAUGGCCCCAUGUAGUUGAGAUGUCAGCACUUCUUGUGACUUGUACUCAGAAGGGAAAUCCUCGUAGCCCAUGGUUUGAAAGGAUGUUAAAUGAGAUGUUAAGUCACUUGGAGCGGCAACCAAGGAACAAGGAGCGCCGUAUUGCAUGGCUCAAAUAUAUCGAGCCAGUUUUGACUGCUGUUGGUCUUGUGUUAUUAGCGCAUUUUAGUCGUAUUUUUCCACUUUUCCUUAAGUGGAUGCAUGCUGAUGAUGACGAGACUGUCAAACUGGUUUUGGAAAGGAUCCAGACUAUUUUAAGGUUAACGUGGAUAAGGAACACACCAUAUAUUGGAAGGUUGGUCGAUGAACUCACAGUAUUGUAUAAAGAGGCAGCAUUGAAAAAGGCUCGCGAAGAAGUCAGAGCACAUAUUCUUCAGAUAUUGUGCUUACUCCAGCAAUGCAAAGGCGUGCAAUUCGAAGCAGCCUGGGGCAAGCACAAGGAUGAUCCAAAUUUGACAAAUCUCGAGUCAUCUUUAAGUGGAAGAGACAAAACAACGGUAAACAUUAAGCCCUUUGUUGCUGCACAUGAAUGACAAUCGCAGUGCAGUGCAAUUUUCACAACAGGGUUCAAAGCCAUUGAGAGCUCUCACUUGGCCCAUAAUGUGGGAAAAAGCAAUUUGCCGAAGAUGGGGGGAAGGGAUAUGCAGCUGGCUUAUUGAGUUCCAUUUUCUUCAAUCUUUCCGAGCAUGUUCAUGUAGUUACGAGCACAAAUUUAAUUUGCGAUAUUUUAUGGUGCUAACAUAUUUCAAGCACAUGCGGCAAGCACAUGUACAUUUGCUUACGUGCUACUGAACUUAUUAAUUGUUUUGAGCAAAGAUUAAAAUACCAUCAACAUAUUUCAGGCA